AUGGACCAAGCCACUCAUGGACAGGAUGCGCGGAACGACAUAGAACGACUGGAGUCGAAGGAGCACACAUACGGCGAGGACCUCAAGAACUUUGACCACAGCAACGAUGUCGGCUACGAACAGUACCGACAAGGCCUCGACAUCGUCGCUACGCACAAAGAAGAAAGCUGGAUCCGCUGGAAGAUCGACCUGAUAAUCCUCCCAAUCUUCCUGGUCACGCAGUGUCUGCAGUUCAUCGACAAAACGGCUCUCAACUAUGCGAACCUGUUCGGGUACCAAGAGGCGCUGAACUUGCAGGGAAAGGAGUUUAACUAUCUGUCCGCCAUGGUGUACGCGGGAUAUUUCUUCGGACAAUAUCCAUGCGGUUGGCUCAUCGGUCGCUUCCCUGCGCAGAGGGUACUGGGCAUAAGUUGCUUGCUGUGGGGCUUCACGGUCCUCAUCUUGACCGAAUGUCACACCUUCUCUUCCGCACUCGCUGUCCGCUUCCUCAUGGGCAUUUUCGAGGCUGCCGUCACGCCCGGCUUGACACUGAUGACCGGGUUUUGGUACAAGCGAAGCGAGAUCCCUCUGCGACAGUGCAUCUGGUACAGCGCCCUUGGCUUCGGCGGCAUCAUCGGCUCCUACAUCUCCCGGGGCGUUGCUGGCCUCUCUGAAGAUACUCAGCCGGCGCGAUGGAAGAUCAUCUUCUACAUCCUCGGAGGAGCGACUAUGCUGUGGUCUUUCGUGCUGUAUUUUGGUCUGUCGGAUACGCCAUCCAACGCCGGCUUCCUGUCUGAGCGCGAGCGCAUCAUCGCGGUCACCAGAGUCUCCGGCAAUGAGACGGGCAUCAAGAACAAGGCUUUCGAUAAGAAGCAGGCGCUCCUGGCCUUAUACGACCCAAAGGCCAUCUUAAUCUUCAUCUCCGUCUUCGCCGCCGCCAUCCCCAACGGCGUCGUCAACUCCUUCUCCACCAUCAUCAUCGAAGACCUAGGCUUCUCGACCACCAAAACCACCGAGCUCAAAUCCGUCGGCGACGCCGUCCAAAUCAUCGCCCUCCUCAUCGGCGGCACCAUCACCCUCACCGUCCCCAACUCCCGCCUCCUCACCGCCUCCGCCGCCAACAUCCUCUGCACCAUCUGCGCGGCGCUCAUGGCCUACCUCCCGCGCAGCAAUACCUGGGGCCGUCUGGUCUGCUUCUGGCUCGUGAAUAGUCAGAGCGUGGGGUUUACGAUCAGUCUGGUCACGAUUAGUAGCAAUAUGGCCGGAUACACGCACCGGAGCCUCGCGAGCGCGUUUGUGUUUACUGCGUACUGCUGGGGGAAUUUCACGGGGCCGUUUGUGGUUAAGCAGAGUGAGGCUCCGAAUUAUCCUACGGCGACGGCGGGGCUGUUGGCGGGGUAUGCGAUUAAGACGGGCUGUCAUGCGCUGUUGUUGGUGUACCUGUUCAUGAGCAAUCGUCGGCGAGACAAGAAGUACGGACCCGCGGACAAGCAAAGGAGUAACGAGCUGGGUAUGCAGGAUGCGACGGAGUAUGAGAACAAGGACUUCCGAUAUGUCCUGUAA